CCAAGUUCGUCGAUGUAUGAAGGAAUAAAAUAUAAAAGCAUCUCAAUAUACAUCUAGAUCAACUAAUGUGAGGAGUUAAAAUGUCAACAGCCUUAGUAAGAACAGGUGUCGUCCAGUACGGUCGGAGGAAAGGCUCGAGUAAACAAGUUGUGAGUUCGGAUAUGGAGAAAACCGAAGCAGACCUUCGUCAAGUGGUAGUUUUGUCCAAAUCUGAAUGGCAGCGCGUGCAGGACAGUGUGAACGGAGUGAAUCAUCACAACAGAAGUGUCAUAGCAGCGGCUGAACAGCGGGAGGCGCUGCACAUGCGCUCUAAAGAGCUCGUCAAACACUGGUCCAACACCAUAGCUGGACAACGACAAAAAAAGCUAGAGGCGAAAACAAUUCGAGAGGCGAUCGAAGAAGAGGAGAAGAAACUACUUGACAUAGAAGAAGCGGAAUAUCAGGCCCAGAUACGAAAGGAGGCCAUUGAGAAAGCAAAAACCCAGCAGUACUACCAGAACGACAGAGUGAAAGGCUUCCAUAGCGCUCUGAUGCUGGCGGAGGUGCUGAAGGAAAGGGAGGCUCAGAUCGAGCUAAAACGCAUGAAGCAGAAUGCCAGCAAAGACGUAGACAGAGACAUCUUGGCCAAAAUGGCUUGCAGAGAAGAACAGGCUGUCCAGCAGGAGCAGCAGAAAGCACUGCAGAGGAAACAAGACCAACUGGCCAUUUCUGAGAGCUUGAAACUACAGUUUAAGGAUCAUGAAAUGAAGAAAGAGCAGGAGAGGCAGGAGAUCAAAAGUGAGGCUGAAGAAAUUGAGCGACUCCGAGAUCUUCAGCUGUGGGAACAGUCCAUGAAAGAGCGCAAGAAUCAGGAAGAGAAGAGAAGCACAAUGAAUGCUUUUCGUGACCAUUUGACCAACAGAGAGCUGAUGAAAGCAGCAGAGGCUCGGAGGCAGGAGAAAGAGGAGGAGAAAAGAAAGCAGCUCGCCAGCCAUAAAGAAAAAGUGACGAGAAUGAGGAAAGAAAAGCAGGAGGAAAUAUUUAGAGAGCUUCAAAGAUACAGAGAGACUAUUAUACAGAAGUUAGCCGUGCAGAAGCAGGAAGAAAUCAACAAUGAGGAAGAGAUCAUCGCAAAAGCAGUCGCUGAACGUGAGGCCAGACAUAUCCGAGUGCAGCGUGAGAAAGAAGAAAAACAUGCAGCCGUGUUGAAAUCUAUCGCUGCUCACAGAGAAUCCAUGAGGCAAAAGCUGGAAAGAAAGGCAGAGGAAGAAAAACAGAAAUCUCUGGAGAUGCUGAAUGCAAAGAAGGAAGCAGAUAAAAUCUUCAUUGAAAAGCAAGAACUUCAAGCUCAAAAAGCUAAAGAAGAAGGAAAAGCACUCCAAGACAUCUACAUACAAGAAAUGGCUGAAAAACGUGCAAAGGAUCACCGUACGAAAAAAGAGCAGAAGGACUUUGUGGCGAAGAACACCGCUCAGAUGGUUGAGGAGGAAAACCAGUUCCAGAAAUACGCCAAGCAAGUCAUCGAAACAGCCGAGAAGGCAGGGAGAAACAUCUACCCGCUCCUGAAGGCUGGCAGAGAGGGCGUCGGAGGGGGCCUGGGGCCCAUGUUCGGUGGAAUUAGACCAAGCUAUCUAGUCCAUGAUGAGUCGGGUGUUCAGAUGCCCAGUUAUGUGAACGGCACCACUCAAAACAUAAAAGAGCUGAAUGAGACCGAUGACAUUCAGCAGUCUAAGAAAAGACUAGGAUUUACAUGGUAAUCUAGUUGUUAUAAUGACUUCGUCUGGCUAUUGCAACAAUAAAGAUUUUAUGCAAAAGAAA